AUGAAGCGUAGCGCCGAAGAAGCUUUUGGAGGCACCAAAAGGGCGGAGAAAAUGGACAGCUCGGGAGUCUAUGAAUCCAGGAACAAAAAAAACCUGGUUCCGAAACUUGCUGGGGUUUAUGCACGAUCAUCGUAUCCUGGUGUCGCAUGCUGUCGCGAUUUGGGUCAUCCAAUUGAUGGGUCGAGGUUGAUAGAAACCAAUGGUGACAAGGGCUACGCAAGUGCAGCCUUGAUGGAUCCCAAAGCGUACUUUGCACAGUGGCAGCAAGCGGCCACUGCGCAAGCAGUGGUGGCUGAAGAAAAGCCACCCGGGGCGAGUGAGUUCGUGGAGAAGAGUGAGCUCCAACAGCAGGCUAUGUUGCCUCAUGUUGGAGAUGUUUUGGGUGAGAAAGGACAGAACUUCUCCCCUGUAGUGGCUAUUGAGGCCUUGUGCACGAUGGCGAAAAAGAGUUCCUUCAAGCUGCGGGAAGAUCUCUUCAAACAACCGCAUGUACGCCAGCUCUGCAAACGGGUCCAGGAGAUCUUAAAGGCGCCGCCGGCCAAUAUGGACAUGUUCGACAUCUCCCGCGCAGCCGAAGCCCUCGCAAAGUUUCCGGACGACGCACGGGGCGAUGCUGCCAUGAGCGUAGGUGCUGUUGCGAACUCCUUGAGUCGCCUAAAGAGUAGCGACUGGAGCGCGGACUCCGCGGCCAAGCUCCUGUGGUCCUUGGCGAGAUACGGCAAGGGGGAGGAGAUCCUGAAGCAUCGACAGGCAGUCACUCAUGUAGUGAAGGAGUUGGUUCGAGACAAGGGUCGACGUGUCCACGAUUUGUCCUAUGAAGGGCUGACUCACAUCUUGUGGGCGGUGACGCGGGCGCGUUUCCAGAAGCGCACCGGAGAUCUUCAGUCGGUGCACACGGAGGACAGUGACAACUUGCUGUUUCAGAUCGCUGCCAAGCGGGUGAUUGACGAGAUCGACCGCUUUCCCGUGUCGCUUUUGGCUGAUAUCAUCUACACUCACCAUGAGAUCGGCAUUCGCAACGAGCGGCUCUUUCGGGUGAUUUGCCCCAAGAUCGUCUCCAAACAGAACGAGAUCCGCGAAGAUCAGAUGGCCAAGUGCAUCAAGGCCUAUGCGCGAUUUAUGAUUCCGUUGAAGGAAGAGGCGCAAGGAUUCAGGACCAUGGCCGUGGUUCAGAAGGGCGACUUCCUCAGGCCUUCGGACAAGCCCAAACCGCAGGGCAAGAAGACCUUCGACAAGCCGCAGGCUUUGUACCCGGAGCCUAUGUUGCAUGCGAAGCAGUGAGCGGACUGGACAGCGACCUGCAGUCUUCAAGGGCAAAUGCACGUGAGCUGCGGCAGAAUGCGUGGCAUUUUGGACC